UUUCCCACAGGACUGUUCGCCUUCAAGAUAACACGACGGCUCGGAAAACGAAGCAUCGCAGUCAGCAGUCCGCAGCUAUCAAUCGUGCAUGAAAAACACCUCCUCUCGUUACUGGAUCAAUGCAGAAGCUACCAAACGAGAUCCUUGUGCAUAUCUUUGGACUAUACGGAGAAGUCAUGUUCCCUCAAGACCCGGAGAGGGGUAAGCAUGCACGGUGGUGGGCGCGCCCGCCAGACGACAGUGGAAGCCACUACAUAUGGGGACACGGAACUCUAUGGAUCCCUCUCAUGCUCGUCUGCCGCUUCUGGCGAGAACUCGCGCUUGCCACUCCUUCUCUGUGGCAGACAGUCGACGUGCACAAGAACCUUCGCUGGCUCGAGCUUGCGCUCACCCGGUCGCGCAAUGCCCCUAUGGAGCUCUUCUUCCAAGACCUGCCAACGGCCCGGAACGCGGUGCCAAUGAUCAUGCCUCAUGCACAUCGUCUGCGCAAGUUAAUGCUCCCCCCUCUCAAUCAAGAUCACGCGAGCUAUGGACGGGUCCUUCCGGAUCUCACGCCGUUCAUGCCGCUACUUCGUACGGCGCUGCCUACUCUCAGUCACCUCCUACUCUCCGUUGAUGACCAGAAUUACGACGAUCAGCUCGAAUAUACCAAGCUGAACUUAUCGGACGACCUUUUCCCAGCCCUACGGAAUCUCCACGUUGCGUCAGUCUACGUCCCUUGGCACCCGACUCUCCUGUCAAAGCUCACGAGCUUGGACCUGCGCUGCUGCGCCCCGACAGAAACAAUGCAGUCGUGCGACCAGUUCCUCAACACCUUGCAGUCCUGCCAUACCCUCCAAAUCCUCCGACUCCUGGACAUGUUCGUCUCCGCUGUGCUCGCGCCAGAUGCUAUCAAUGCUGCCAUGCAGGACGAUCACCGUAUCGUUCUUCUCCCCCAACUGCGCACACUCGUACUCGAAGACCACUCAACAGUCACGAAGUGGCUUCUGACCUGCUUCCGAUUCAAAGGCAACGUUUCCGUCAACGUCAUCGGCCACCUGCCCGCUGGCCUAGACAUAGAACGCACGCCUGGCCAGUUCCACUCCCUCAUCCCUUGCGGUGGGCUCGUGGAUCAUUUCUUCCCUGCGAAAGCUCCGCGAUCCGGGGAGAUUCGCAUCUGGGCGGAGUUGGCCAAAUUCCGGGUCUGGUCCGAGGCAGGGUCAGAGCUGCGUCUGGAGCUCCGGUCGGCCGCGCAGGAAACAUGGGAGCCCUACUUCUUGGAGGGGAUGCGGGAGUUCCGCAGGCUUUUCAGUGGCUUACCCCUCAUCAACAUCUCCAUUCACGGGCACUCCGACGACGUCGUGAGCGCGCAGUGGGUGGAGUUCUUGGAGGCGUUCCCGAAGGUGCGGUACCUCGAAGUGUUGGGCAGUGCAUCUGUCAUCCCGCUGUUCCGCGCCCUCAAGCAUGCCUCGAUACCUGGAAUGCUCAAGGACAUAAGCGACGAGGAAGAGGGCAACGACAAACCCAACGGAGGUAGCGAGACAGACGGCAGUGACGAAGCUUCCGAAGACGAUGACCUUGACGACGACGAUGCAGUCCAGCGUCCCCCGUGCUCGAAGCUAUCUACGCUGGAGUUGGAGUAUCCUCGCUUUGAGCCCGGAGACAUAGAACUUCUGGUCGCGGUCUUGUAUCGCCGUGCAUACUUCAAACUUGCGCCGAUGAAGAGGGUGGAACUGUUCUUCGACUCUGAUCACCGGUGGAAUGACUUCAGGGAAGAGUUGCACGCCUUCUAUGGCGAGCUUCGGCAGCUUUGCCCAGACAUAUCAUACCCCGGAGACUCGUAG